UUUGCACGAUGUAUUCCAUAAGUUUAUUGAAUGCAGUUUUAGCAAUCGUUUGUUUGUCAGUGUCAACUUUUGUUGUAAUUGGUGUGACUGAUUCGGAAGAUGACAAUCAUCGCGUUAUUAUCGGAUAUAAUAGGAUAAUGAUGUCAGAACCCCAAAAUGAAACUUAUAUCGAAAGAAUACGUAAAAAUUGUGGCGCUAGAAUGUGUUUAGAAAUUGUAAAUAGAACGCGUACCGUGUGGAAGAAUGGAACGAAGAUUGUACCAAUUUACAAGUGCCGUGAUGGUUAUAAAGAGCUGAAUGGCGUAUGCACGCCAAUUUGUACGAAUGACUGUGAGUAUGGUACCUGUGUGGCACCCGAACAUUGCGAAUGUUUCGUAGGAUACGCUAGUGAUGAAAAUGAUUUACGUAACUGCAAUCCUGUGUGUGAUGGGUGUGAGCACGGUAAAUGCAUUUCGCCAAAUAUUUGUACAUGCAAUGAUGAUUAUCAGUGGGAUGCCGAUCAAAAUAAAUGCGAUCCAAUUUGUGAAUCAAAUUGCCCGAAUGGAAAAUGUAUUGCCCCAAAUAAAUGCGCCUGUAAUGAAAAUUACCAUUUGGAUGAAACGUUGAAUUCGUGCAUGCCAGAAUGCAAACCGGAUCGCAUUAAUGGCCAAUGCAUUUCCCCGAAUCGAUGCCAAUCAACAUCGCCUUAA